GGAUAUGCUUAAGAUAAGUCAACACCAGCAACAGGUGUUGGUAAAAGGGACACUGAACCAAGCAUCAUCUACUUUGUGGCGAGAGCAAAGAAAGGGGAGAAUCACAUCAAGUGUUGCAGGUGACUGCAUUGGCAGUGUUACUAAUGAGACAAUACGUGGACACUCACAAAUUGCCAGAGUAAUGGGAUACUAUGGUAAUGCAAGUUCACCAGCUCUCACCUGGGGAAAGGUGAAUGAAAAUAUAGCAAGGAAGCAGUAUCUGGCCUAUCACAGGCUACACAAUAAACAUUCGGGAGUUUCUUGUCAGGAGACAGGAUUGUGGAUAAAUUUAGACUGUCCAUAUGUUGCUGCAAGCCCAGAUGGUGUAAUGUUUUGUAAACAAUGCGGUACAGGUCUUAUAGAAAUUAAGAAUCCAUAUACACACAGACAUUUACCAAUAAAAGAGCUGGCCUGCCAAAAAGGUAGCUUUCUAGCCAUUGAGAAUGGUCUAACACAACUGAAAAGAACACAUGCUUACUAUGCGCAAAUACAGAUUCAGCUGUGGUCUUGUGAAUUUGAGUGGUGCGACUUUGUCGUACGGACAGUCAGUGCUUCAGACAACUUAUUUGUAAAGCGAAUUCAGUUCGACAAGGAGUACAUAAAAGCGAUUCGUCCCAGGUUGGUUGUGUUUUUCAAGAAAGGAAUUGUCCCCGAACUUGUUAGUGGAAAUAUUGAGAAACAUGUACGCGAAAGCGCGGUAAAGGCAAAAAUAAAUAAGAUGUUGGCCACCCUUGAUGCUCAAACUGUAGCAAGUACACAUGCAGAAUACCCGUGUGGUGUGUGUGGUGAUGUUUGC